AUGAACCGCUCAUAUGCCGUUUUGUUGAUCGUUCUUGUAGCAUUGUGCCAAAUCAUCGCUGCACGAUCUGAGAAGGUCCCAGUUGGACAUCUUACGUCUGCAGAGAUCGAGGAGCAGAUCCAGCAAUGUCCUCUGGUACAAACUCUCAAUGCCCACAAAGCAUCGACGGCCCAUGAGGCCGCUACAGGCUUCACAGCUCGAGCAUUCGCUGUAUUGUUCCCAGGAUCACCCGCUGUCAACACUCUUUUGAGCGUGCUGUACAUUUCUGGACCUCCCAAUUUCUUGCUGGCGCUGUGCCCUGCGGACAUUGACCCAGCAUCUUUGAACACCAUGGUCGCUUUCGCUUUCGGUGGACUCAUGGGCGACACACUCUUUCAUCUUCUUCCGGAGAUCUUCGUCGGCGAAGAUAGCCCAAAGCAUGUGACUCUGGUAGUCGCCGAUGGUAACAAGAACAUCUUGCUCGGGAUCGCCAUCAUGGUUGGCUUUGUCAGUUUCGUCAUUCUAGACAAGGCUAUUCGUAUUGCUUCUGGAGGCGACGAGGGUCACGGCCACUCUCACGGUCAUGCUCAUGGUAAGAUCGAAGGUGGUGACAAGGCCGCCGCUUCUGCCUCAGCAUCUGGCUCCGACAAAGGUGCUCAAGCCGAAGGUCUUCGUCAACGUAACAGUGAGAAGAAGGUAAUUGUGCCUGUGGAGCAGCAGGAAAGUGGUCCCAGCUCGAACAGGGGUUACCUCAACAUCAUUGCCGACUUUACUCACAAUAUUACCGAUGGUCUUGCCAUGGCAUCUUCGUUCUAUGCUUCUCCCACCGUCGGAGCAUUGACCACCACUGCAGUUUUCUUCCACGAGGUUCCUCAUGAGAUCGGCGACUUUGCUCUUCUCAUCCAGUCCGGAUUCUCCAAACGUGCAGCCAUUGGAGCACAGUUCUUGACUGCCGCAGGUGCUCUCACAGGUGCUCUCAUGGGCAUCGCAGUUCAAGAAUACGGCGGUAACGCUACCGAUGCCAUGGCUACCCCUGGCCUCUUUGGUACCAGCCUUCACUGGGGUGAUCUCUUGUUGCCCUGGACUGCUGGCACUUUCAUGUUUGUCGGCAUGAGUGUGGUUCCUGAGCUCAUGGAGACAGGUCCCAACAAGGUCGCUGAGAUCAAGAAGAUCAUCACUCAGUUGAUGGCCAUUGCCGCGGGUGCUGGUAUCAUGAUUGCAAUCUCGUGGUCAUGA